AUGAGCCAACCAGCUCAGCUCCACCGCUGCUCAGACGACGACGGCCGGGACGAGUCCUGGCCAUGGAACGAUAAGUGGCUGAAGAGCAUCAAGGACGAGCACGACAAGUUCUUUACCGAUCUCAAGAACGAGGGCCGGCGCCUAGAGAAGGAGCUUCGCAACGACGAUAACACGGCCUCGAGUCCAUUUAGCGCGUUCAAGAGAUUUGUCGACUCGAAUUUCCAUGCUCUCACGGACGGAUUCAAGAACUUUCCUACCAACGUCGCCGACCUCCGGGCCAAGAUGCAGCGCGAGCAGGAACGCUCACGAGAAGAGGAGCUGGAGAUCUCUCGUGGAUGGACGGGCAGCGAUGAUACACCCGAUCAUAUUCAGCUCGAGCUGUUGAGAAGCACCGAACAAGAGCGGCGUGAUGCCUUCAAUGCAACAACUACAAUACUGGCCGAAGCCCAACGGCGGAACGCGCAUGUUCCUAGAGCAAAGAUUAAAGCUUUGUUCAACGAUCCAGAGAGCAUGCUCGGGUAUUUGGACCGACUGGCAAGUCCUAUGCUGGCGUUGGGCGGUGCUUGGUACUACAUGCCAGAGACUGGUGACAAGCUACCGACUGCCGAUAGCUGGCGAUGGCUCGCUCCUCAGCCACGCUGGUUGUCGGUUGACUGGUUCAAGCGUAGCCCAUACUCGCCGAUCCGACUGGAGGCAUAUCCCGACCUAGGCUUAGAAGGUGCAAAGUGGAGGGCCGCUUUUGAGGAUCUCAUGGAUGCUACACUCGACAAGCCAAUGGAAUCGAGGGAACGCGUUGGUAUGAGAGCGCUUCAUGGGAAGCCUCAGUCCACAUAUUAUGGUCCCGGUCUCGAGUGGUUACUAAGCCUUCAGUGCCGUGGCAUCCUUCCCCCGCUCCUUCCUCGCGCGUACAACGAGGCCGAGUCCAAGAACAUACUCCAGUCCUCCAGAAACGGGUCAAUCGUCGAGACGAUAAGACAACACAAGCAGGAUCUGGCGUUGAAUCCCGAACAAGCCAGAGGUUGGCACACCGCACUCUACAAAGACUUCUCCGACUUAAUGUCUGAGGUGGCGACAAAGGCUACCUCAGAUAUCGAAGCUGAGCCAAUCGAGGAAAUCAUGCCGUACAGAAUUCAACCAGCAACUGAGCAAGAUCUUUAUGACUCGCCUUACAUUCGGUCGUCGAAUGCGCUAUCGAACGAUUCCCAGUUGACGCCAUUUCAAAAGAACGCCCUCGAGGAAGAGAGUAGGAGGCUUGAUCAGCAAAGUCAAAAGUGGAAUGCUUUAGUCCAAGCACUGAACGAGUUUGACAUUGACACCGCAGCAGACAUGCUUGACGAGUGGUACAGGGUCCAUGGUGAUGUCGAAGGACUACUGCAACAAGAGGAUGGACGACUCCGAGUCUUGGACGCCGCGAUCAUGAAGAGCAAACUUCCAGAUGAUGACCUGCAUAAACAAGAAGUUGUCCGACGCCUCUUCGACUUCAACGAUUUCGACGACGACACAAUCGAGAAAAUGGAGCGCAGGUUAGGUUUAAUCAAACGUUUCAAUGAAGUCAACCAAAAGGAUGCACAGUUCCCUGGAGUACCCGACGAAGACUUGCUAGACACCGUGGAGAGACUGGAGCAAGAGCGCGAGAAUCUUGAUAGGAUGGUCGGCGAAAGAGUCGAAGAGAAGCCGGUGGCCCAGCAGAAGCCCGAAGUCCUGUCUGCCCUGACCACUACGGAGACCACACGAUUGCCAGACGGCACAAUCACCACGAAGAUCGUCUUGAAGAAGCGCUUCGCUGAUGGCAGGGAGGAGACUAGCGAGAGCGUACACACGGCGAAGGAGCAUCUCGAGCAAUACCAACAAGAUGCAGAAGACAAGACCAAGAAGAAGGGCUGGUUCUGGUCAUAA